GGCGGCGGGGACUCCCAGGCUGCCGGCCGGGUGCCCGUCUCAUCCACCCGGGGAGCGCCCAGCCCUGCAGCGGAACUAGUCCCGGGACACCAUGGUCUCUGCAGUGGGCUCCAGCCUCCUCCUUUCCCUGCUGCUGCUCCUGCAGCCCGUGCCCCUGCAGGCCUUCUCCGUGUCCCUGCCUGCCGCCUUCCUGGAGGACAUGGGGGGCAGCGGGGACGCAGAGGGCUCGUCGGCUUCUUCCCCAAGCCUCCUGCCGACCUGGACCCCAGCCCUCAGCCCCACAUCCGUGGGACCCCAGCCCACGCCCCCGGAGGGCCCGGUGCACCCCACCAACCUCCUGGAGGGCAUCGUGGAUUUCUUCCACCAGUACGUGAUGCUCAUUGCCGUGGUGGGCUCGCUGGCCUUCCUGCUGAUGUUUAUCGUCUGUGCCGCGCUCAUCACCCGCCAGAAGCACAAGGCCACGGCCUACUACCCAUCAUCCUUCCCCAAGAAGAAGUACGUGGACCAGAGCGACCAGGCCGGGGGCCCCCGGGUGUUCAGUGAGGUCCCCGACAGGGCUCCCGACAGCCUGCCGGAGGAGGCUCUGGAUUCCUCCCAGCAGCUGCAGGCUGACAUCCUAGCCGCCACCCAGAACCUCAAGUCUCCCUCCAGGGCUGCCCUGGGCAGCGGUGGGGAGGGUGCCCAGCUGGCAGACAGCAGGGCGGAGGAAGGGGUACAGGGCAGCCAGGAGAUGGCCUCUGAAGCCGAGGGGUGUGGGGUCCCCGAGGAGCAACCAGAAGUCCUCGGGGUGUCGUGCUCAGCCGUGGCUGAGGGGGCUCUGACAGCCAGCAGGGGCCAAGAGGAGCCCGAAGGGUCUUUCUCUUCAACCCAGGAAGCCCAGGGACCAGCAGGUCCCCCGGAAAGUCCCUGUGCAUGCAGCAGUGUCUCCCCCAGCGUCUAACAGGCCCCAGAGCAGCUGGCCUUGACUGUUGGGCCCCAGGGGUCGCUUCCUUGGGCCUGAAAAGGCCUUCAGCCCCCAUGUCUCCCUGGCGCCCCUCUGUGCCAGCCCCAACACCUGUUCUGCAGAGGCCCGAAGAGCUGGUCUGUGGCAUCCACCCAGGAAUCCCCCCGAGUUCCAGCGGCGCUCAGGGGAGCUGGAGGACAGCUGUGUGCCACGAGGGCCGUGAGCAAACAGCCACGACAUCAGCCACACGGGGUGGGAAAUACAGCCAGAAGGAAGCAAGUAUCGCUGUUUUUUCAUGGAGGCAGCAAAGAAAAAUAGACGAUCUAGGAAUUUGGGGAGUGAUCAGGUGGGCGUUCUGGGGUACCUGGGGCUGGCAAGGCAGAAGCAGCCUGCAGUGCACCGGUUCUUUGAAUCUCCCUGAUCCUGGAUAUUUUAGGGUCACUGUGCCUCUGCUCAGUGCCGACGCUGCCGAAGUGGACCUGGUUAUUUAGCAGCUUCUGGGAGGGACCCCUAUAUCUGUCUCUUGAGACGGGGCCCUGAGUGAGUGUUUCCCAGACAGGGCUCCCUAAAUCACUCCAUGAAAACAGGAUUUCAGGGUGAGUUGAAGUGAGGCCACUCCAGCUGCCUCCCCACCCCAACCCUGCUCCCUUAUUCCCCAAGGCCCUGAGAGCCCUACAGUAAAGGCUUCUGUUGGGUUAGGUUUGGGGUUUUGCUUGGCCUAUCCAAAGCUUAUGUUUUUUGCUUUUGGUUGUCCUAGGGAAGGAACUCAGGGCCUCCCGCCUGCUAGUCAAGAUCUCUACCACUGAGCUGAAUCCCCAGAGCCCCUCCUUUUGAAACAGCUGUAAGGUCAAAUCCUUCAAAAUCCACUCUGGAAAAUAUUGCUCUGAUUUUCCUAAAGGUGCCCCCAAGUUGUGGUUGGUUAAGAGUUGGGGCGUGAGGUAUAGGGAUUUCGUGACCCAAGACACCCCCACCUGGGGUUGAGUUUCUCACCCCCUGUGGUUUCCGGAUUGAACCCUCUCUAUCUGUCAGACCCUCAAAGCAGCCUGUAAACUGGGGGCUGCAUUCGAGGGGACCCCCAUUCUGGUUUCUGACACCCAGCCUGGAGCAGGGGGUGCUGGCCACUGGCCCUUUGCUCGCACAUGAGGUCUGGCAGCCUGUGUCCAAAGCGUCCUUCCGUCCUUGACAGGGAGCCUGGGCUCUGUCCUCUUUGGGGGGGGGUCCCUAGUGAGGUUUCUACCCCAGUCCUCUGUGUGGGGCUCCCCGCACCUCUGUGCAGCUCUCAGGUGCUGAGAUAUAAGACA